GUAAACAACAAUAAUUAGGAGAAUCGAAUCGAAGGAAGGAAGGAAGAAAGGAAGAAGAUCAAGAGAGAAUAGAAAUGGGAGUGGAGAAGCAACUGGUCAGGCCUGGAACCGGUCCCAAGCCAGUUCCCGGUCAGAACGUCACUGUUCACUGCACUGGUUACGGGAAAAACGGUGACCUUUCUCAGAAGUUUUGGAGCACGAAGGAUCCUGGCCAGAACCCUUUCACAUUCAAAAUCGGCCAAGGCUCUGUUAUCAAAGGAUGGGAUGAAGGUGUGAUUGGCAUGCAAAUUGGUGAAGUUGCUCGUCUCCGGUGCUCUCCUGAUUAUGCCUAUGGUGCUGGUGGCUUUCCUGCUUGGGGAAUACAGCCCAACUCUACCUUGGAAUUUGAAAUUGAAGUCUUAAGUGUGCAAUAAAUGUGCUAUGAAAUGGCCAACGAAUAACCAUUAUUAUGAAUAUCCUCCUUUUUCAUGGACAUGUAUAAUGGUAUCCCUCACUGGGACUGAUAUCUAUGGUGGUUGAGUGGUUUAACACUGAAAUACUGAAUAACUUAUGAGUGAUCUCAAACUCUCCGUUAUUAUAUAUGGUAAGUCUUUAGUUUCUUUCUUAGCAA